CUCUACCACAACCUUCGGCGUUCAACUCCCUCCCUCCCUCCCUUCCUCUCUCUCUCUCCAAUUAUCGGAUUUUCAGAAUGAAGGAAGAGGGCCUUGAUCUGGGCCCAGGUCGAAGGGGAUUAGUCUAACUGCAGUCUCUCAAUUUACGAACUUUAGGGAACAUCUCUCUCUCUCUCUCUCUGGUCUAUGGGUAAUGAAAAGUAUACAUAUAGCUCAUGUAUGGUGCGUUUUUCUAUAUUAUUGGAUUACAAGCUAAUGACGGUAGUCAAGUUGCUUCCGAUUGAUGUAUAUAAGGAGAAUGACCCGUCAAGAAAAAUCCGUGAAAACAUGAUGUUUAGUUCUUUUAGUUUAACGGAAACAGCCCAUAAUGAACUGUCGAAUUUUAAACUUAAUUAUUUUUUGUUUUUACUGUUUAAUUUCCCCUUAAUUUGGCUAAAAAACCCUAACCCUAACUUUUAGUCUUCAUUGUUUAAAUAUUUUCCCAGUGCCUUUUCAGAAAGCUUAUCAGAUACUGUAAUGAUGGUUCGAUCUUCCAAAGUUCAUGGCGAAAAAUCAAAUGACACAGAUUAUUUAGAAGGAAAAGAUUGGAUCAGCAAUUUACCAGAUGCAAUUCUGUGUCAUAUAUUGUCUCUUAUGCCCACAAAAAAUGCUGUCCGAACCGGCAUAUUGUCGACCAGAUGGAAAUCCCUUUGGGCUUCAGUCCCAGUUAUUGACCUUAGAUAUUAUAGAAUGGGUUAUGGUGAUCCAGGAAGCUUUAUGGAUUUUGUGGACAGGGUUCUGCUCCUCCACAAUUCGCCAAAUCUAACUAAAUUUCACUUACAUUGUGGAUGGGGAAACGAGAAUCCUUACCGUCUUAACUCAUGGAUUUCUACUGCAAUCAACCGUCAUGUUCAAGAACUUGUUCUUAGUAUCACAUCGAAAGCUAUUUUUGAGUUGCCGAGACACCUCUUUACAUCUAUUGAUCUCGUGGUUUUAAAGUUAAGUUAUGGGUUUUCUUGGUCUGCUUUGACGGUGUUUUUGCCGCGUCUCAAGGUUCUCCAUCUUUUUUCCUUGAACUUUCUUGAUGAUGGUUCGUUAAAAAACCUCCUCUCUGGCUGCCCAGUCCUUGAAGAACUAGCAAUAAUUACGUCGCCAAGAGGUAAGAUAAACACAUUAUGCAUUUGCUCAUCUACUCUGAAGAAAUUGAUUGUACUCAACUUCGAAGAAAGAAGUGUUCAAUGUGGUGUUGUGAUUAAAGCUCCAUCUCUUGAAAGCCUCGAGCUCAGUGAUAGUGUAUCGAGGGAUUUUGAGGUUGAUGAACUCCCUGCUUUAGUUAAGGCAGAUGUUCAUGUUUGUUUCGGCAAUGAUGGCUAUGAAGGUAGUGAUUAUUACUGUAAUGCGGUAGUUCGGAUGCUUGCAAAGGCUUCUAAUGUUCAGAAUUUGUGGUUAUAUAAUGCAACUCUCAAGGUUGUUAUCCAUGCUUCUGCCUAUAAUGAACUGUUGUUUCCUUCUUUGACCCACUUGCACAUUGCAAUUCAUGACAUUCCUUGGUCUGUUGUUCCGGACUUGCUCGGGCACAUUCCUAGUUUGACAGUUUUAGUUCUGACCAAGGAUAGAAAAUGUUGCGACGUGUGUUUGUGGAGUGGAGCGCCAGAGAAUGUGCCUCUAUGUUUGUCACUCAGCUUGGAGAAAAUUGAAUUUAAUGGAUUUUCCGGAUGUAACAAGGAGAUGAAACUGGUGCGGUAUCUUUUGGAGAAUGCCAUGGUUUUGAAGAGGUUGACUCUUCGUUCUUGGAGCAGGAACAAGAAAAUAAAGACAGAUCUUCAGAAAUAUGAGAGAGGCUCGAGCACAUGUCAAAUUGAGUUUUGCCACCAAAAAGGAAGAUUUGGGUCUUACCGGUUCUCCACCGUGGAGUGGCUUUGAUAUUUUGCAGUAUACAACAACACCUGGAGUAGAGUAACAAUCUCAGCCUUGGUAUAUUUGCCCUCUUUCUUUUGUCCAGCACAAGAAAUGUGCAGCUCUUAGAAAAAUGUAGGUUAAUUUUCCAGCUCUGCAUCUUUAUAAUAUGGUGAAACUGUGAAAGUACAUUGAGACCCUCUCAACUAUGCCUUUUUUCCACGGAGACUCCCUAAUGUUUAAAACCGUCCGUACAGACCCCCUCAACUACAUGAAAUGAAAAAUUGGCUAACCCUGUUAACGGAA